AUGAUUGCAUCCCAAGCUCUUCUUUCGCUCUUUGUGGCUCUCGCUGCUGCUGCACCUGAAGCUCUCCCCUCUCCUUAUGCUGCCGCUCUUGCUGCUGCUGCUGCCGGUGCUGCUCCCCAAGACGGUGCCUCUUACUCAUGCCAUUCUUACUGUGGCAAUGCCAUUUUGCAAGGCCGUGAGUGCGGAACCGACGACACUGACUGUUUAUGUUCUUCAGAUUCUGAGUUUAUGAAACUCAUCCCAGACUGUCUCGACUGUGGAUCCACCCUUUGGUCCUCCUAUGGAAAAUACCUUGUUCCUUACCUCGAGGCUUGUAACUUACAAACUACCCCCAACCCUCUCCCAGCCAGUUCCACAACUGAAGGCACUGGUGGUAAUGCCACUGUUGCUGGUACUGUCACAGCUACUGGUUACAAUACAACUGCAACUUCUCAUGCCAUCACAAGCACUGGCUCAGCAGCCACUUCUGCGUCUGCAACUGCCACAGGUAGCUCACUCUCUCGCUCAGUUUCUGCAGAUGCUUCGGACUCCAUUGUAUCUGGCUCUGCUUCACAUACUGCUGGUGUUUCCGGUUCUUCAGCUGCUGCUUCUGGUUCGGCUUCGUCCAGUGUUGCUGCAGGUGACGCUUCAACUCUUGGUAUUUCCGGGGUUCUUGCUGCUGUUGUUGCUGCUGCUGCCUUCCUUUAA